AAAAUUUAGUUAUUUCGUUUCAAGCUGCUGAAGAAGGGUAGAAGCACGCAGUUGAAAUGGCAUUGAAACGAAUUCAAAAAGAACUGCAAGAUCUGGGCAGAGAUCCACCGGCGCAGUGCAGUGCAGGACCAGUUGGUGAUGACCUGUUUCACUGGCAGGCUACUAUAAUGGGUCCACCAGAAUCGCCAUAUCAAGGUGGUGUAUUUUUCCUGACAAUCCACUUCCCAACGGAUUAUCCGUUCAAACCACCAAAGGUAGCGUUUACAACUCGUAUUUAUCAUCCCAAUAUCAACAGUAAUGGUAGUAUCUGUUUAGAUAUUUUGCGUUCUCAGUGGUCACCUGCUCUCACAAUUUCAAAAGGUAUCAUUUCCACAUCAUGGCAUGAUUAUAUGGUUGUUGCAUGAGGCUCCGACAUGUGAAUAAAAUCUUAUUUUGUGCAGUUGCAGUAUUGUUGUCAAUCUGUUCACUCUUGUGUGAUCCGAAUCCUGAUGAUCCAUUGGUGCCUGAGAUUGCACGCAUUUACAAAACAGAUCGAGAACGGUACAAUCAGCUAGCUCGUGAAUGGACCCAAAAAUACGCAAUGUGAUAAAUUAGGGCAUAUAUGUGGGGUUGCAAGUUGAUGCGUUACGUUGCCUUAUUGAGCAAAGUAAAGCAUCCACAUGCCGUCCAAGUAAGAGACAUCGUAAAUGCUACAAUAAUUGAAUAAUUUUACAAUUUUUAGAUUUCAUGUUUGUCAGAAAUCUUGGUCGUCUUUGAAUUUUUCCAUAAC